GCAUCACAUCUGUUGCGCCAGACGGUGGAUAUGGCUCGCUGAUAGUAAUGGCGCUGGCUUCGUGGAAACAGUUCAAGUUCUUCGAUGUCUCCCAAGUCAAGCUCCCAGACGACGAGAGUGCCGCCCUCUCUGAGCAAGGGAAUAUCACUUCGGUAGCGUCUGGAUCGGAAAGCGUCUUCUUUGGAAGCGCAGAUGGCACUGUCCGAAUCCUAUCGCAGUCGUUCAAGGUCGUCCGGUCCUUCAAGGCGCAUGAUGUCGGAGCCAUUACGCAUAUGAAGCAGGUGCAGGGUACGGCUCUAUUGGUCACGAUAGCUGAGGACCUUUCGAAUGAGCCGGUAUUAAAGGUGUGGGCACUCGAUAAGCUGGAGAAGAAGUCUGGAACCCCUCGGUGUCAGAGUACCCUCACGAUACACAAUGGCCGGAAACAGUUUCCAAUUUCCGCCUUCGCGGCAUUGGACGAUCUCUCGCAGCUUGCUGUAGGCUUUGCCAACGGCGCGGUGACCGUAGUGAGAGGCGACUUGAUACACGAUCGAGGUGCGAGACAGCGGACCGUCUUUGAGUCUGAAGAGCCGAUCACUGGUAUCGAGUUUCGGGAAGGGAGUAUAACAACCCUAUACAUCGCGACCACGGGACGGAUUGCGACUCUGAUCAUAUCGGGUCGAGGUCAAGGCCAGCCCGCGAGAUCGCUGGACGAAACUGGUUGUGGAGUAGGAUGUAUGACUGUCGACAAAACCACGCGCGAUGUCAUCGUAGCAAGAGAUGAUGCCAUAUACUAUUAUGGGCCUCAAGGGCGGGGGCCGGUAUACGCAUUCGAAGGGGAAAAGAAGAUGAUCACAAUAUUCAAGGAUUAUGUCGCCGUAGUCUCACCCCCAAAGUCUAACACAAUCACUCGGACCGGACCUUUGCGAUCAUUCGGAGGAGGUCAUACCGAUGACCUCUUCAACACCUCUAGCUUCACAUUGAUCAAUACAGAUCUUAAAUUCAAAGCGCACGAGGAGGCCUUGACCUCGCAAGUCAAAGGUCUAGUGUCUGAAUGGGGUGAUCUCUUCGUUCUCACCAUGGAUGGCAAGAUCUUCCGGUAUCACGAAAAGCCAUUCGCGCAGAAACUCGAGCUUUUAUAUCAGCGGGACCUGUACCCUUAUGCAAUCAACCUUGCUCAAAAAGCAGGACUCGACGCCACCCAGAAGAACGUCAUCCUGCGCAAAUACGGAGAUUUCCUAUAUCGCAAGCAAGACUACGACACAGCUAUGCAAAUGUAUUUGAAGGCAAUUGACAAUACAGAGCCUUCUCAGGUCAUUCGAAAGUUCCUCGACACGCAGAGAAUUCAUAAUUUAAUUGAGUAUCUGGAAGAGCUCCACGAGCAUCAUAAAGCCACGUCAGACCACACCACAUUACUUCUAAACUGCUACGCAAAACUGAAGGACGUGGACAAACUUGAGGAGUUCAUCAAAUCGCCUGGCGAUCUCAAGUUUGAUUUGGACACAGCCAUCUCAAUGUGUCGUCAGGGCGGUUACUAUGACCAAGCCGCGUUUCUUGCACGAAAGCACGAAGAACAUGAACUGGUAGUCGAUAUCUUGAUUGAGGACUCGAAACGAUAUGCAGAGGCUCUCGCGUACAUUUGGCGGUUGGAGCCGGAGACUUCAUAUCACAAUCUCAUGAAAUACGCGACUGUCUUACUCGAGCAUUGCCCGAAAGACGCUACCCAGAUAUUUAUCGACUACUAUACCGGUCGGUUUCGACCGAAAAAGGAUGCUAUUGUCAUUCAGAAUGCUCCUGCGACGCAAGGUAUGGGCAUGGGACUAGCAUCAAACGCUGUACAGAAUCUUGCUGCUCUUCUGCCUUUGCCAUACAUGAACACGAACACCAUAGGGUCGCCUGCUUCUGCUGGGGAGCAAAAGACGACACUCAGUCAAGCUCAGAUCGUGGAGACGAAUCUUGACGAACCGCCUCCCGAGUACAAAGUGCCAAAGCCCAGGACCGCUUUCUCCGCCUUUGUGGACCAUUCCGGAGAGUUCAUAAUCUUCUUAGAAGCAUGUAUAGAAGCAGACGAGCUAAGCGAAGAUAACAAGAGUGAUCUUUACACAACCCUGUUCGAAAUGUAUCUUCAUACUGCAAGCUCGAAGAAGGACGACGAGAAAGAGCUAUGGGAGACGAAAGCGAAGAAGUUGAUCGAGGGUAAAGACGUACCAAUCGACACAUCAAAUGUCCUCCUCCUUUCGCAUCUCUCAAACUACCGCGACGGCACUAUCCUCGUUCGUGAAAAACAAGGACUCCGCUUCGACAUCUUCCGCUCCUAUACCUCUGCUAAAGACACCGCCGGCGCCAUCAAAGCGCUGCGCAAAUACGGCCCCGAAGAACCGCAACUCUACCCAGCCGCCCUCGCCUACUUCACCUCAUCCCCCACCAUCCUCGAAGAAGCCGGCGACGAGCUCCACGCCGUGCUCCAAAAAAUCGACGAUGACGGCCUCAUGGCGCCGCUCCAAGUCAUCCAGACCCUCAGCGUCAACGGCGUCGCCACCAUGGGCAUGGUCAAAGACUAUCUCGCUGCCACUAUCGAGCGCGAGCGCCUCGAAAUCGCAAACAACCGCCGCAUGAUCACUUCCUUCCGCGCUGACACGGACGUCAAGCGCGCUGACCUCGCAACUCUCAACACCAAGCCUGUCGUGUUCCAGGCUACGCGGUGUGCUAGCUGCGCCAGGCCGUUGUCCUUGCCCACGGUGCACUUUUUGUGUAAGCAUAGCUUUCAUCGGAGCUGCUUGAAUACGAGUGAGGAGGAUGAAGAGGACGUGGAGUGCCCGCUUUGUGCGCCGCAGAAUGCGACGGUGAGGGCGAUUCGAAAGGCGCAGGUUGAGAGUGCGGAAAGGCAUGAUUUGUUCCUGGAUGCGCUGAAGAGGAGUAGGGAUAAGUUUGGGACGGUUAGUGAGUGGUUUGGGAGGGGGGUUAUGGGGGUUGGUGCGGCGGAGUAGCUGCUGCAGUGUGUGGAGUCGAUAGCGUAAUCGAAGCUGAAAUUCUUUGGCUGUACUGGAAAUGACAUCUAGUAUGAUGUCGUGGCAUUACCUAUAAGAUCUUCACGUCCAGAUCAUACAGCUGGCUCCCGUUUCCGCCUCUCGACUACGUGGACAGUUGGGCUUAUU